AAUAUUCGUUCUGGCUAAAAUAAUACAGCGUUUCGACAACAGCCCGCAUUGUCGCUGAAAUCUCGAAGACCCUGACCACUAAUCGGAUCCACGAGUGCAAAGAAGUUCUGUGACAAUGGAGUCUAGCAGGGGGCAGAACGGAAUUCAACUUUUACUUGCUGCAGAACAAGAAGCUCAGCAGAUUGUCAAUGCCGCCCGAAAUGCCAAACUGGCUAGGCUGAAACAGGCCAAGGAAGAAGCUGAGAAGGAGAUUGCCGAAUUCCGUGCCCAAAUAGAAGCCGAAUUUCAGAGAAAAGUGGCUGAGACGAGCGGAGAUUCAGGUGCCAACGUAAAACGGCUUGAGCAGGAGACAGACUCAAAGAUCGACCAGCUUAAGACGCAGGCUUCUGCAAUCUCCAACGACGUUGUCCAGAUGCUUCUGAAGCACGUCACAUCGGUCAGGAACUAAGGCCGCAAAAAAGCAUACCGUCUUGUUGUUCUAAACUCGGAUUCUUCAUUCGGGGCUUUGUGCUCGAUAAACUCAUUCAUACCUUAAUUGUCUGUGUUUGUGAAAUAAAUGGUCCGAUGGUGUAUCAUCGAUCAGACCCUCUUUGUUUGGUCCAUAAGCUUUUCUCAAUUCGGGUCGUUCUUAUUUCAUUUCUGCUCUAUCCACCCUCUGUCAUUCAGAUUUGUAGCGUUGCCCUUUUCAGCGAUGGACAAAAACACCUCUCGUCGUCAUC